CCUCGACCUUCCUCCACACUAUCCAAUUGCUCUACAAAUACCCCGAAUCCUCCCUUAUAGUUUCUAAUAAACUAUCACACCCCGAAACAGUAGCCAUGAAGCUCCUCGCUAUCCUCGUCUCCCUCAUUCCCGCCGCCCUCGCCAUCAUCAACAAUGAGCACCUCAAGACCGAAGUCACCGUCCCCGCCGAAUGCAGCCGCAAGACCAUCGCUGGCGACACAAUCAACGUACACUACCGCGGUACGCUGGAGACGGACGGCACUGAGUUUGAUGCUAGCUACAACCGGGGCCAGCCGCUGAGCUUUACUGUCGGAAAGGGCCAGGUCAUCAAGGGAUGGGAUCAGGGUCUCUUGGACAUGUGCCCUGGUGAGAAGAGGAAGCUGACCAUUCAGCCGGAUUGGGCGUAUGGAGACAGUGGUGUGGGACCAAUUCCUGCCAAUAGUGUGUUGAUCUUCGAGACGGAAUUGGUUUCGAUCGAGGGCGUCAGCAAGGAUGAGUUGUAGGAUACACAAGGCAAUGGAUGGCGGGUGGGGUGGGUAAUACCCAGGCAUGAGUACGAUUGGGACUCAAGGGGUUCAUCGGCUGGGGCAUGACGGCCGCGAAUAAAAAUGCUAUGAAGUAAUGGAUGGUCUCUCUUCGAGGCCUUGAGAUCUCAAUUAUAUGGUGGUGCAAAUUUG